ACCAACCGAGACAUCGAUCCGGCCAACAGCAGAAUUCCUCUGCAACGACGACUUCGAAACCCGAACUCAUCAUCCAUCAUGGCUUUGGAUCGCAGGGCCUUGCCGCAGCCGGCGGCCGCCUGCGUUCCCGCCGUCCAGGCGGCGAGGCCGUGGGCGGGGGACAGCGGUACUAAUUCGUCUACGGAGGGGAGGGAAAGGGACAUACUGCAGGGGAGCGCCGUGGAGGUGGAUGUGCCGCUGCUGUGGGACGACGAGGGGAGGAUGAAGCGGGAGCUGGUCGCCUGGGCCAAGGCCGUGGCGUCCAUGGCCAUCAGGGAGUCGAUGCGGUGCUAAGGUGCACGCGCGCGGCAGAGGCAAUGAAGCCAUGGAGGAACCAUGGAUUUUUAUUUUCAUUUCAAGGGAACGGAUCGAUGUUUUUCUUCUUCUGCUUCGUGCACGCACCCGCGGCAUCGAUCGGUGGCCGCUAGGCUACAUUUUGUUUCCUCUGAAUCCUUUGUUCACGGAGCGAUCGUUCUAGUCGAUCGAUCAUUCCGGAUGUAAAUGUUUUUGCAAAUGAUGGAGGAUUACUUAUAGAUAUUUUCCA